AUGGACUACACUCACACUCAAAUUCACAUUGAAGUAACAAGGAACGCACUGGUUCACCCGCGAGGAUACAAUCGGUCCACCUCCGCCUUCUCCUCCAGCCAGCACCCACUCCCGAAAGGCAUUGAGGCAGACAUCGAUGUAGAGUUGGAUGCAGCCACCAUAAACAGUCAUCGCACACACGACCGCCUUCACCGUGCUUCCACAGAGACAGAAUUCUCUGCCAGAGUCCCCAAAAUCUCCCAGACGAGCAGCUACGCCAAAACUGCUAGAACACCCAAGACACAGCAUCCAGAUGGUCUCCUCCACCCACCCACUCGUCUUGGUAUCAUUCUUGUGAUCGAACAACGCAAUUACUCACACAUAUCUUCCUACGUCUUUAAGGCGGAGGGUGCACUUGAUACGGCAAGCGCAGCAGCAGCAUCCAACGCUGCUUCCUGUUCCAACAAUAUAUCAGCUGCCCCGCCACCUAAAAAAUCAGCAGAGCGUGACCAGGUACAGUCCAAGCUGGACUUUGCAAUGGCUUUGUUCCAACUGGGACAAGCCGACUACAAAAAAGCUCCCCGACUUUUCCUGAAGAUCGGUCCUCCGGAUUGGACUGGCAAGCUUGUCGCUCCUGGUGACUUCACGGUAUAUGGGACUCUAUGUGCUCUUGUCAGCAUGUUGCGAUCUUCAAUCAAGUCUCAACUUACGGGAAACGCUGUUUUCUCUGCGUACAUUGAGCAAGAACCUUAUGUUCGAGACUUGACCCAGUCAUAUCUCUCAAGUGAUUUCAAAAACGUCCUGAAGCUUCUUGAGCGGUACUCGAUAUACUUUUUAUACCUAUAA